AUGAAUGUUUUAAACAAAUUCAGGAUUAUUCCUAAAGAUACAUCUGUUAAACGUAAAAGUAUCUAUAAGAAAUAUAAGAAAGAAACAUCUUUAGUGAGUGAGCAAGAUGAUUUGAAAAUAAUUAUUGAUGGUUCUACGGAUGUUGUAAACCGAAAAACAUCUGAACGAUCAGGAUCAGAAGAAUCCAAUUCAAACAUAAUUGCUAGGACAUUAUCGCCUGACCGAGUGCGAGAUGAGCUUGAAAAGUUUGGCUUAAGCAAGGAUGAGAUUCAGAAAUGGAAUAAGCCUAUUGAUAUACCUUUCGGUGCUACAACUGAACUUUUUGUGGCUCGUGAAGCUAUCCUUGCUGAUUUGAAAUUUCCACAAUUUGAUUUAUAUCCCGAAUUAUCAAUUUAUGCCGUAGGUAAAGGUGAUAUUUCCGAACUUAUAACUCAAGAUGCUAAAUUACUCAGUCCAGAGGAAAUUGAAGGUGGACCCGUGCAUGACAGGUUUUCAAAUAAGAAAAUAUUCGUUUAUAAAAUGGAAAAAUUACACAAAAUAUAUAAGAACGUACAUCAAACAAUUACCAAACCAUUGGAAGAUAAAUACAGAAAAAAGAAAUUCUUAUAUAAAGGUCUUGCCAAAUGGUCUUUUAUUACUAGCAUGUUUAUAAAUGGAUUUAACAUUGGAAAAAAUCCGGAAAAUAGUGAAUUUGGAGAAGGUUUUUAUACUACUACUAAUAUUGAUGUAGCUUAUAAAUACGCUGGGAAAAAUGGUGUACUUUUAAUCUUUGAUUGGACUAAUGAUGAUGAAGUUAAUACAAAAGUUUUGAUUGGAAACGAAUGGAUAAACACAGUUAAAGGGCAUCUUUGCAGUGGACUUAGAAAUCACCCACUUCCACCUCAAUUUCGUGAUGACAUCUUUUCAGGACCAUUUGCGAAAAAUGAUCAUAGUAUCAUUAGGGCUUGCAAUGAUCCAAUUCCAAAUAACCAAUUAGACCAAUUCGUUGGCAAAACAGAUGCAAGUUUUGCUGCUUUCGCAUCUCAUCUAUAUGCUAUCGUUUAUUUUUAUUAA